UAUACGUUGUUUAGUAAGUAGUAUAUUGUAGAAAGAAUCAUUGACUGCAUUCUUCUGUGACUGGCUGAUGGUUUCUGCGAUUUCACUGGCUCGUCAUUGACCAACCAAUUUCUCAAGCUUGUCUUAAUCGCCCAGCAUGGAUGGCUCGGGUGAUGCUACUGGAGAUGGAACACUUUCAGAAAAUUACAUAACAUCUGGUGCAUUUGUUGUAGAAGGUGAAGGAGAUGAUACCAUUGGUUCAGGAGAGGGUGAUGAAGAUCAGAAAAUAGACGAACCCCUCAGAGAGCAGGAUCGAUUCUUGCCAAUUGCAAAUGUAGCUCGAAUUAUGAAGAAAUCCAUCCCAUCAAGUGGAAAAAUUGCUAAGGAUGCCAAAGAAUGUGUUCAGGAAUGUGUGUCUGAGUUCAUCAGUUUCAUCACCAGCGAAGCUAGCGAACGCUGCCACCAGGAGAAAAGAAAAACAAUAAACGGUGAAGACAUCUUGUUUGCCAUGUCUACGUUAGGAUUUGACAAUUACGUGGAGCCACUCAAAGCUUACUUACAGAAGUACAGAGAGUCUGCUAAAGGUGACAAAGUUAUGAAUGUGACCAACAUGCAAGACACCAGUUUAGAAGAUCUUGGAGUGGAUGAAUCUUAUGCACAUACUCUAUCAAAUAGCAUUUUAACCACUGAUGGCACAGGCCAACAGAAUGUAAUCUAUACAACCACAGCAUUUCCGGGUCAGCUUUCACAACCAAUCAAUUUUGUCUAGUGUGGAAAAAGAACCAAAUAUUACUACAUAUAUUUUUAUCUCAAUGGUGCAAACUUGGCUGAAGUGCUUUUUUAAACUGUUUUUUUUUUCCCUUGGAGAUAUAGAUCUUGUUCCACAUUGCAGGAAAUGUGUUAAAAGUGGUUUUAGCCUUGUAAUUUGUAACUUUACUCAUAUUGUGGUAUUUUCGUGGUCACAAUGGAACCACAGAAUGAAUCGUAAAAUUUUAUAAUCCACAUUUGUGUAAUGGCAGACUUUGUUACAAAUUCAACAGCAUCUAAAAGUAAACAUUUUACACCUAAAGAGAAUUCAUGAACUGUUCUUAAUGCUGAUGAAAACGGUGUUGUACUUGUAACUUUUCUAAGGAACAAGUAAUCUUUUUAAUAGUAACAUAAGAAAGAAUAAGAACGUUUGUUUAAUGACAAUCACGGUACAUAAAUUACAGGUAUUGAGUAUCUAAUAUAACUGAGACAGGUGGUCUGAAGAGUGAAAGCAGAAACCCAUUUCUACCACAUAGGCUGCUCUUACCGGUUAAGUCGGGUCAUGGUGUUUAACGUGCACAUUCAGAGCAAGCUGUUGUAGUGCACAUAUGUUCUGGGCACAAGUGCUGGCUCCUCCGUCGAGGAUAGGAUGUCCAGGAGCAACACGAGUUCUUUAUAUGCACUUUACCAGAGACAAGUUAUGGAGCACCAAUUAGGACAGGAAAAACAAAAGGGUAAUUUUUAUAACCCAUUUGCACCUCAAAUUCACAGACCUACAUCUCGCCCCCAGUAACAAAAAAGUUUUGUUUUACAAAAACGCUAAGUACCUAGAUUUAUUUAUCAUCCACAACUGAAUGUCAAACUUGAUCAAUUUGACAGCCUUAGAAACAAAUGCCUACAUUUGUUCCUUAACAACAAGGUAUCUUUUAUAAUUAUGCACUUCCCCCACAAACAUGACAGCACAUACCAUGGCCUUUGAUAUACCAGUCAUGGGACUGGUUGGGACAGGAAAAAAUUAAUUUGAGUAAGGGUCCACUGAAGGGUUUGAUCCUUUAACUCUGGCAGCUCCAGGGGCCUAGCUUCCAUAUACGCAGAUAUGCAGCUACGUACCACCUGAGCUUACAAUUUUUUUUAUUAUUAUUAAAAUAUGUGGGGUGUGGACACAGCCAAUAGCGUUUUAUUCCAUCUCCGAAAAAGUCUGCGUACCACCUGAAAAUCCCAAGCUAGGCCCUUGAGCUCGACCCCAAGUUACUUUUUAAAUGGUGUUCAGUAUUUAAAGGGCUAUGAUUUAUGUAAAAUAAGCUGCCGUAAACGUUUUGAAAGAAAAUGCUGUACUUGUUUCAAGAAGAAUUAAUAUAUCCAGGAUUGUUUUUCAUCCCAAAACAAACUGGUUGAUAUUUUAAUGUAUGUUUACAUACAAUAUUUUGUUAUUUUCUUUUAAAUAUCACAGCACACAUGCAUAGCUGCCAACUGUAACAAGGUUUUGUUAUUUGUUAUAAUAUAAGUGAUCACAUAUGAAAAUACUAUCUUUAAACUACUAGAUUUACAUCUUGUAUUUGGUUCAUUGCUUUGUUUACCCAAAGUGCAUUUUAAAAAAAUCAGACAUUUGAAUCUAGAUACUAAAUUGUUAUGUUUUAAACAUACACUUUUUAAAUAUAUAUAUAUACAUACAUACACACACACACACACUAUAUUAUCAUCCCAAUUGUAAAAACUAAUUGAACAUUUAAGAUGCUGGCAGCUAUGCAUGUGAAUUUCAACAUUUGUUUUCAUUGUUUUCCAUUGUAUAAUAUUGCAUUGUAAUUUGUGCUUUUGUUUUUAACCCAACCACCUUACCAAGAUUAAUUGUGGAUUGUUUGCAUUUUGUUUUAGUGUUACGGGGUUAUGAACAGAAUUAAAAAUAAGAAAACUUCGACUGUAAAGUCAUUAUAUUGCGAAAUUUGUAUAUCUUUAAUUGUGGUCAUAUCCCUGUAUAAUCCUACAAAAAGUGAUGAGAUUUUCUAUAUAAUAAAUUAAAUAUACACAUGUAAAUACAUUUUAAUAAAUAUGGUCACUGCAUAUGAUCUCUAGACAAUUGGAUGGAAAAUACAAAACCUGAUAUUUCAUUAAUUACAAAGUGUGAUGUCGCUAAAAAGAAAUACAAGUUUAAAUUCCACUUGGUAGACAGAAGGUAUUUAACAAUAAUUUAUUGCGUAUUUUGUAUAUUUGGACUGAAAUCCUCUUCUAAUCAAAUUUAUCAUAUUCCCACGGUAUUUCUGUUACCCUUGUGGACAUGGCUAUUACUUUUAUAAGCAAUUAAAUACAAACUUUCUUAUGCUGAGAUAUAUCAGAUGUAUCAUUAUUAUUUAUAGUAAUAAUAAUAAUAAAAUAGACAAUAAAUUUAUACCUAACUAUGCAGUGUAUAACAGUCAUAUUCGCCUUAUGCAACAUGAAUAGGUGCUGCUCUGGUUUAUAAAAAAAAAUAUUGAGUGUUUGUACUUUUGAAGGAAUUAGGAUUCCUGGGAAAAUGGGAGGGGAAACAACAGCCUUGUAAUGUGUUCAGUGUGCAGUUUUAAAUGAAUGUUUCCAUGUUCUAGGUAGAAUAUUUAUUGUGAUAUUCUAAUGUUUUAACUUACAAUUUAUGUUUGUAUAUUACUGUAGUAGAUGUAGCAGCCAAAUGAACACUUUCAGAUAGUUGUGUUUUGCAACUUAGAUAUGUAAUGUUUUCAAUUAUAUUCCUUUAUCAUUGCUAUUUGUCUCAGUUAUACAGUUAUCUUUUAAUGGUUUUUAUUUGAUUGGUAAAAUUCAAGUCAUUGACUUGUUUAAAGUACAUAUAUGUAUAUGCAUUAAUUCCUUUUUUUAUUUCUUUUCUACGACUUACAAUAGUUUUCUUAAUUUUGGCCUAUUUUCAGUAUAAUAAAAAAAACCAGAUAGACAAAAAUCUCCCUUCUUUGAUUAAAAGCUAACAGUAAAUUUGUUAUUUUCCAUGAACCAGGAAGGUCUUUUCGAUUUUUUGUCCAAAAUCCUUUUCAAUUCUUGGGGGGGAAAAAGUAGUAAAUAUUUAGUCAUUAUCAACCAUCCUAACAAAAUGGUACGUCACAUUAUUGGGAGAAAAAAAAAGGUUUGUCUUAAAUUAAAUGUUGCAAAUUAUUUUUUCGUUGAAAACCAGGGAUGAAGUACUUUAAUCUGUAUUAGUGAUAUGUUUUUGGUUUUCCUUAGUAUAUAAUGGACUUUUAAUUCCUGGCCCAUAAUGUGGUGUGUUUAACUGUUUCUGUUUUAUUCUUCAUUCAAAACAAACUGUAAGUUGAUGAGAGUCAUCUCCCUUUAAAAGGACUGACAAAGCAGGCCCUUCAUAGGAGUUUCUUUGCUGUACGAGUUUGUGAUUUUUAUUUUAUUUUAUAUGAUUUAGAACAUGAGAGAGUAAUUAUUUAUUGUCAAAGAAUGGAUGAGAAUACAAAAAGUGAAAAAGAUUUUACAACUGACGCAUACACUGUUUGACAGCUGAUCUUAUAUUGCCAUCUCUUUAAAGCUUAUUUAAUUGAAAUGUACAGCGCCAUUUGUUUUGAAACACAUGAAUUAGUUUGUGUAAUAUUGCACAUCAUUCAUUAUAGUGCUACCAUGAAAAAUUGCCGUCGUGUAUACAUUUUCCUCUAUAUAAAUAUAUAUUUUUUGCCUACUUGUUUUUUCUCAUUUGGUUUUGGGAGAUUUUUGUUAAUUCAACAAAAGUAUUCUGAUGUCAGUGUUCACUUGUGUGCAAAUUCCUUAAAAACAAGCGAUUUGUAAAUACUAGUAGUCUGUUUGUUAGAUAGCCCGGUUCACAGUAUUUCACGAUACAACUAACCAUUAACUCACUGUUCUGAACAUGCAGCCCAGAUUAUAGCGCGUGUGUGUGCGUGCGCAUGCUUGUGUGCGUGUGUAUGUGAACCUUAAUUGAAUAUAAACACGGAAAUACAUGUAACUUGAAAUGAAAUAAAUAACCAUAGCUUACUUCAACAUGAUUGUUUCAUGUUGUGAAUGGGAAUGUACCUAAAUUUAUGUUUCUUAUAUAUAAUAGUUUCAACAUAACAUUAAAUUGGCAUUAAACAAAAAAUAUGAAAGGGGAUUGUACAGUUUUUCUUCUAAAAAUAUGUGCUGCUUUACAAUAGUUAGUUUACUUUUAUAGAACUUUGCAUCAGCACAAUUGUUUGCUAUUCCAAAAUAUUAAUAUCAUUACAUAUAUGAUCAAAGAGAAUUGAUUAUCGUUAAAUAGUUGCUUGUUACCUUGGAUAAAUAAAUGGUAAUGUAAAUAUUUUUUUAUAUCAUUACAUUUUUAUGCAUGGAUCACAUAUUUGUUAUCAUUGUAAAUGUAUUCAUCUAUGUAUUUAGUAUAAUUAUGUAAUUGUAAUUAUUACUAUUUACAGAAAAUACCAACCAAAAAGAUGGCUUUUAGGUUCUGUAAAGUAGUAUUUUCUUUGUAUAAUGUCUUAUGUCAGUUUCAUCUUUCUUGAAUUCAAAUCAAAUAAAGCCUGCAGAAAUAUUUUAUUUGAAAGUGAUAUGAAGUAAAAGAACAUAAAUACAGUAAAUUUAAGAUAAACAUGUCCUAGGUUUCUUACAAAUAAAAAAUAAAGUGAAUUAUUUUGAGAUGUCCAUGGGGAAAACGAUGACAUCAUAUUCACUUAGCAGAAGUCAUAAUGCUGUUAUGUCUUGCUAAUCCUGUUAUCAACAAUUUAAAAAUAAAACGAUGGCAGCUGACUAUCCGAUUCCAUAUACAUCUGAAAUGUUUUGAUUUUUGUUUGUAUCAAGUCGAAAAUAUUUAAUACUAAAAAAAAAAAUUGAAUUAAAUUAUUGUGGACUUUGUUUUAUGCCAGUGGUUGUACCAUUCAUGUAUAUAUUAUGUUGUCAUUUUAUUGUUUAUUAACAAAAACAUCUAUUAAAUUCUAGACACCCUCUAUCAGUUUUAGAAAGGAUUAACUGCACUUUACAUUUCUUGAAACGAUUAGUUUGCCCUCUACUUAGUACUGUCUUGUCCAAAAACCAUGCCUAAUUUUCUUGAUCAAAAGCAUAAAUCAAAUUGGUUUAAGCUUCUGAUGAGGUAAAUGUUGUGAACACUAUCAGUAGACCAUAUGGUUCUAUCUGGAGUUAAAAUACUAGUAUCACAUGUUCAGAGUGUAAUACCAAUCUCUAUGAUGUAUUGGUUACAGUAUGUUAUCAGCUCUAAGACUGGUAGGUAGGUGUUGGGACUGUGGUUGUAAAAUUCAGAUCUUUAAUGAUAUUCGCAUGCAAUUUGUAUGCGUUGAUUUUUUUUGUAAAAUGAUUUUCGCACAAAAAAAAUAUUUAAAGAUAAUUUCAGUUUUUGUUUUUAAAUGGGUAUCAGGGCGCCAUUUCACAAAGCGAUCUUAGCGCUAAGAUCACCUUAAGUAGUUAUUCACUUUAAGGUGGGCUAAGAUUGCUUCAUGGAACGGGGCCCAGAUCCCUAGUACCAUCUUUAAUCCAAAGUAGCUUUGAAUAGCUGAUUGAUGAGGUGUGAGGCUACAGUAUCCACCAUCAACAGCCUAGAUAACUGAGACAUGCCCAUGACAACAGGCUUGAUUCUUAAUUGAAUGUAAGUACAAAAAUAAUGAAAUCAAUAUAGUGUGAUAUUGAACUGAGUGUAAAUGAGUCUAGAUCAAGGACUAAAACUUCUAUUUGAACUGUUAUGGAGAAAUCCGUCUUGUAACUGAAGAUAAAGUGUUAUAGAGGUUAGACCACAUCAUAAAUGUACAAGACUGAAUGUCAUCGUCUUUUCCCCAAAUUUGUAUUAGUUACAUAGUUACAUUUUACCACAAAUAGAACCAGUUGUAGAACCAGUGUAAGCUAUCACCUUAAUUUUGUUGAGUGCAUUAAAGCAUUGACUAUG